AAGGUUACAUAACGGAACGAAGUGCAGAGUCUCUGCAAAGCAAAAAUAAGUGAACUUUCCAAAACUAGAUACCUUUGGGAGACUAAAGGGACCGCCUGGCGCAGCGAAGUCUUGCUGUCAAGCAACAGCCGCGACGAUUUUUUCAGGACAGUCCUCAGUACUCCAGUAGCCAUUUUUGCAACGGACCCGGGAGACCCGGGACCAGAAAGCAGUCAGCAACAACAAUCGCGACUGCAUGAGCACGGCCAGCGAAAAGAGGAGCCCGAAAUGAGGAACAGCAUGACCAAUCGGAGGCUUCUCUAUUGGGUCGUUUCGUCCGUACUAAGCUGCCAUUGGCGAAGUGCCGGCAUCGCGGAAAUUCAAAGCCAUCGGUGUGGACACUCAUUGUAGACUACGCCUAAGUGUGCUCGCAGACAUAACCUAGGGCCGACGAUACCGUGCGGAACAAAACAAAGUGUAACGUGAUUUAAAAUUAAUUGCCAAAGAAAUGUCAUGUAUUUCUCGAAUAUCGCUUGUAAAAUUAUUACAACCAUUCGCCUGCAAAGCGAGUGUCAAAUUCAGUACGGCAGCUAGUGUUGACAAUGUCGCAAACACAUCUUAUACUUCAGAAAUCGAACCGAUCAUUUCGACAAAAAAAUACUUGGAUGAACACAAGUUUUAUAUCAAACCGCGGCAAGCAUGGAUUGAGAAUUUGGAUACCAUAGAAGAGAAAAAGCUUGGUUUGAUAACCCUGCACCCCGACAUUUUUGGUGCUCUACCUCGUGUAGAUAUUAUCCAUGAGAAUGUUCGCUGGCAGCAAUUGUAUCGAUAUGUUUCAUACGCCAACACCAAAGUUCGAUCAGAAGUCAGAGGUGGUGGACGUAAACCGUGGCCACAAAAAGGCAUGGGAAGAGCUCGACAUGGAAGUAUAAGGUCACCUCUCUGGCGCAAGGGAGGUGUUAUACAUGGGCCUCGCUCGCCAACUCCUUAUUUUUAUAUGCUACCAUUUUACAACCGAGUUUUGGGACUCACAAGUACGCUUUCUGUAAAGUUGGCUCAGGAUGAUUUACAUAUAGUCCCAGAACUCGAAAUUCCAAGUGAUGAGCCAUCGUACAUGCUAGAGUUAGCAAAAGAAAGAAAGUGGGGUCCAUCUAUUCUUUUCAUUGAUAAUAAUGAUAUUGUACCUCAAAACAUAGCAAUAGCAACCAACACCAUAAAUCAUAUGAAUUUAAUGCCAGUUUAUGGACUCAAUGUUUACUCUAUGUUGAAACAUGAAACAUUAGUUUUGACGGAAAGUGCUGUCAGGCUUAUUGAAGAUAAACUUCUCUUUCAUUUAAAUAAAAUUAAUGUUAUUGUUAAAUAAAUAAAUUUUAUAAACAGUUUAA